AGGCAGGGGUGGACUGACCAUUUGGAAACUCGGGCACUGUCCGAGGGCCUGGGGUCAGUAGGGGGCCCCAUGAGAUGCCCCUGGUACCUUUUUCAUAGGCUUUUUUGAGUUUGGGCAAGGACACAGGGGCCCCAUGAUCCCCUAUUGCCCGGGGGCCCCAUGAGUUGUCAGUCCGCCCCUGCUGUGCCCGAGUUUCCAAAUGAUCAGUUUGCCCCUGGAUAUAUGGAUAUACUGUCUAUUAUUUGCAAGUAUAUGACAUCACAAUUAGGG